AUGACACCUGUUGGCCAGGCAGACACAGCCAGUUGGCAGCAAGUAGGCCUUAAUAGCAGUAGGUCUAAAUCGUCUGGACCUAUUAAAAAAGGUCGAAUUUGCAAAAUGGCUAGACAUGACAAACUGUACACAUGGAUGCGGUAUUCGAUGUUGCUGCUUUGUGUGAUACUUGUUAUAAGUGGUUUUGUGCUGCUGGGGCUAGGCGCAUGGAUUAGAUAUGGAGCAGCUACGUUUGUGGAUGUCCUGGGCCCCUACUCGUCUCAGCUCAUCUACAUCAGCUACAUCUGUAUUGGUAUGGGCUCAGUGCUGUCUUUCACGGGUCUCAUCGGCUGCUGUGGGGUUUGGAAAGAGAACCGCUUCUUUAUCAUGCUGUUUUUCUUCAUCGUGACAAUGCUGUUUGUUGCUGAAAUCAUUGGGACUAUUUUUGUCUUGACGUACCGGAAUCUGGUUAGAUUAGUGGUACGUGAUGCAAGCAAGAAUUCCCUGAUGACUGCCUAUAUGGGCCCAGCGGCAACUGACCCAAUCUCAACAGCAUGGAACACAGUCAUGGUCAAGUUCAAAUGCUGUGGUUUUGAGAACUCGACUGUAGAUUUCAAGGGCUCUGUGUUCAGUACAACCACGGGUUUGAACUACCCUAAGACUUGCUGCGUGAACAAGACCCUUGCAGACUGUGACGGUAUCACCAUCACUCCAAGUCUGAUCCAACCACAGAGCUGCUUUGGUAAGGUCAUCACAGUGAUCAGAGAGCAGAGUGUCAUCCUGGGAUCAGCAGCUGGCUGCAUAUGUAUGAUGGAGUUAUCCUCCAUGAUCCUUGCCAUGGUUUUGUUUGUGAAGUUGGGGCUCAUGAGGCAUCCAUGGUGAAGCCAAAAGGUCCAUCCACGCCUGGAGGACAC